GCACAGCUGGGGGUCGGCGCAGCCUGGCUGGCGAACACUCCCCACUCACGCAGCACCCAAAUGCGCCAAAACAUGCUUUGGCCACGACACGACGAUUGAUCACGCCUCCCACACGCCAGCGGCUUCUACUGAUUGAUUGACUGACUGAUUGGUUGAUUGAUUGAUUGAUUGAUUGAUUGAUUGAUUGCUGCUGCACCCACGGUCCUCCUGCUGCAGCCGGCCGUGCAGGUGAGCGCCGUCCGUGCAUGAAAGACUCGCACGCGGCUCCCACGACCACAGCAGACACCAUGGCGCUCACCAUCUGCACGAGAUUCACGGACGAGUACCAGCUGUUCGAGGAGCUUGGCAAGGGAGCCUUCUCUGUGGUCAGACGCUGCGUGAAGAUCUCCUCUGGCCAGGAGUACGCUGCCAAAAUCAUCAACACCAAGAAGCUCUCUGCCAGAGACCAUCAAAAGCUGGAGAGAGAAGCCAGGAUCUGCCGUUUACUCAAGCACCCCAAUAUUGUGCGGCUCCAUGACAGCAUCUCUGAGGAGGGCUUCCACUAUUUGGUGUUUGAUCUUGUGACAGGAGGCGAGCUCUUCGAGGACAUCGUGGCCCGCGAGUACUACAGCGAGGCGGACGCCAGCCACUGCAUCCAGCAGAUCCUGGAGAGCGUCCAUCACUGCCACGUCAACGGGAUCGUCCACAGGGACCUGAAGCCUGAGAACCUUCUUCUGGCCAGCAAGCUGAAGGGAGCGGCCGUCAAGUUGGCCGACUUUGGUCUGGCCAUCGAGGUGCAGGGAGACCAGCAGGCAUGGUUCGGCUUCGCCGGCACCCCGGGGUACUUGUCUCCAGAGGUGUUGAGGAAAGACCCGUACGGCAAGCCCGUGGACAUGUGGGCCUGUGGAGUGAUUUUAUACAUCUUGCUGGUGGGCUACCCUCCCUUCUGGGAUGAAGACCAGCACCGCCUCUACCAGCAAAUCAAGGCGGGGGCCUAUGACUUCCCAUCCCCCGAGUGGGACACGGUGACCCCCGAGGCCAAAGACCUGAUCAACAAGAUGCUCACCAUCAACCCCAGUAAGCGCAUCACGGCCGCAGAGGCCCUCAAACACCCGUGGAUCUGCCAACGCUCCACCGUGGCGUCCAUGAUGCACAGGCAGGAGACCGUGGAGUGCCUGAAGAAGUUCAACGCCAGGAGAAAACUCAAGGGAGCCAUACUGACCACCUUACUGGUCACAAGAAACUUCUCAGCAGCCAAGAGUUUGCUGAACAAGAAGACGGACGGCGUGAAGGUCAACAACAAAGCAAACACAGUGACCAGUCCUAAAGACACUGGCCCCGCCCCCGCACUGGAACCCCAGACAACGGUGAUCCACAACCCCGUGGAUGGAAACAAGGAGUCCAUUGAGAGUGCCAACACCACCAUAGAAGACGAGGACGUGAAAGCCUGCACCAAUAACACUAAAGCACGCAAACAGGAAAUCAUCAAAGUGACCGAGCAGCUGAUCGAGUCCAUCAACAACGGAGACUUUGAGGUCUACGCGAAGAUCUGUGACCCUGGUCUGACUUCCUUCGAGCCCGAGGCGCUGGGGAACCUGGUGGAAGGACACGACUUCCACCGCUUUUAUUUUGAAAAUGCUUUGUCCAAAGGCAACAAGCCGGUGCACACCAUCCUCCUCAACCCGCACGUGCACCUCAUCGGCGAGAACGCGGCGUGCAUCGCCUACAUCCGCCUGACCCAGUACAUGGACGGCGGCGGCAUGCCCCGCACCAUGCAGUCCGAGGAGACCCGGGUGUGGCACCGCCGCGACGGCAAGUGGCAGAACAUCCACUUCCACCGCUCAGGCUCGCCCAGCAUCCCCGCCCAUUAAUGGAACAUCAUCACGGGGUUUGAGUGCAUCAGCAAAUGUGACCUUUGACCGUCACAGGACACACGUAUUAUUACAUUUAAUCAACGGACGUCGUUCUUUAAAUAAACCACCAGCAGGUGGCAGCACAGUAUUAUUACGACAUAUUGGCGGCAGUGUUCUUUUUGUUGAGUUCAUUUUUUUUUUAAAGAUGUUUUGGUAUGCAUUUGAAAUAUAUAUCAAUUAGAACUCUACUGCUGUGACCUCUCCCUGAGAAGUAGUUCUGUAUUUUUCAACGUGUAUUUCUCUGCGUGUAAAACACAAACAAUCGGAAGAGUUUGUUGGGAGUGAGCUUGCUUUAGUUCUGCUGAUGUAAAUACUUUGUGAUGGUGGGUGCAAACACCAGCCAUGGAAAUGCUAUUCUUGCUACCAGAAGGUCAGCGUGUGUUUUGGUGUUUGGAUUUUAUUCUCAUUCAUGCUAAUUGAAAAUCAAAAAACCAACUGGUUUAUUUGAGUUUUUGUUUUUUAAAAUGUAGGUAAAAAAUGAAAAAAUUAAGCGUUUUUUUUAUGUUGAAAAGCAAUAACUAAAUAAAUUUUUUUUAGAUUUAAUAUAACAAAAAUUAAAAUCCCCAGUAACGGAAAAAACAGACCAAAACAGAUGCUUUUUCAUUUACAGACACCGGACGUUUUAUUUUCAAAGUAAAAGCGGGGAUAAUUACCACGGUACUUAUGUGCCUGUGGCUCUGGCUUAAAUGUAUUUGGAGCAAAAUGAUUUCAGACAUGGAGGUCUGACACCUACAAAAAUGUCUACGUAUAAUAACAGGAAGUGAAAGACAGAUCAAAACGGAUGUGUUGUCAUAUUCUGAAGCCAGAAGUAGCAAUUUUAAAGACAGGACCGCGAACAUUGCAUAAUAGUUGUAUUUGUUGGAUCCACGUUGUUGGUUUUACCAUUAAAAUCUGGUCAUUUUUCCUACCAACAACACAACCGAACAUUGAUUAAACGUUAAAAAGCAUGUUGUUUCAAUGUUAGGUUUCAGUUGCUCAACGUCAGAACCCAACAUUGAUUAAACGUCGUCAAAAAGCAUGUUGUUUCAACGUUGUAUUUGUGUUGUAGAAUAUUGGUUGAGAAAAGACCAAAAUUCAAUGGUCAAAUCAACGUUCAAAUCAAAUCAACAUUGUUAAAAAGUAUGUUGUUUCAACGUUAUGUUUGAGUUGCUCAAUGUCCGAACCCGACAUUGAUUAAACGUCGUCAAAAAGCAUGUUGUUUCAACGUUACAUUUGAAUUGUCAAAUAUUGGUUGGGAUAUGACCAAAAUUCAAUGGUCAAAUCAACGCCAGAACCCAACAUUGAUUAAAUGUUGUCAAAAAGAAUAUUGUUUCAACGUUAGGUUUUAGCUGGUCAACGUCAGAACCCAACAUUGAUUAAACGUUGUCCAAAAGCAUGUUGUUCCAACAUUAGGUUUUGACAACGUUUAAUCAAUGUUGGGUUCUGACUCAGAACCCAACAUUGAUUAAACGUCGUCAAAAAGCAUGUUGUUUCAACGUUGUAUUUGUGUUGUAGAAUGUUGGUUGAGAAAUGACCAAAUUUCACUUGUCAAAUCAAUGUCAGAACCCGACAUUGAUUAAACGUUGACAAAAAGCAUGUUGUUUCAACGUUAUGUUUGAGUUGCUCAACGUCAGAACCCAACAUUGAUUAAACGUUGUUGAAAAGCAUGUUGUCUCAACGUUAGGUUUGAGUUGUAGAAUAUUGGUUGAGAUAUGACCAAAUUUCAAUGGUCAAAUCAACGCCAGAACCCAACAUUGAUUGAACGUUGUCAAAAAGAAUGUUGUUUCAACGUUAGGUUUUAGCUGGUCAACAUCAGUAUCCAACAUUGAAUAAACGGCGUCAAAAAGCAUGUUGUUCCAACAUUAGGUUUGAGACACUAAACGUUAGAACCCAACAUUGAUUAAACGUUAAAAAGCAUGUUGUUUCAACGUUAGGUUUGAGUUGCUCAACGUCAGAACACAAAAUUGAUUAAACGUCGUCAAAAAGCAUGUUGUGAUGGUGGGUGCAAACACCAGCCAUGGAAUUGGAGUUGUAUUUGUGUUGUAGAAGAUUGGUUGAGAAAUGACCAAAUUUCAAUUGUCAAAUCAACGUCAGAACCCGACAAUGAUUAAACGUCGUCAAAAAGCAUGUUGUUUCAACGUUAUCAUUGAGUUGCUCAGCGUCAGAACUCAACUUUGAUUAAACGUUUUUGAAAAGUAUGUUGUCUCAACGUUAGGUUUGAGUUGUAGAAUAUUGGUUGAGAUAUGACCCAAAUUCAAUGGUCAAAUCAACGCCAGAACCCAACAUUGAUUGAACGUUGUCAAAAAGAAUGUUGUUUCAACGUUAGGUUUUAGCUGGUCAACGUCAGUACCCAACAUUGAAUAAACGUCGUCAAAAAGAUGUUGUUUCAACAAGUUUGAGUUGCUCAACGUCAGAACCCAACAUUGAUUAAACGUCAACAAAAAGCAUGUUGUUUCAGCGUUAGGUUUGAGUUGCUCUGCGUCAGAAUCCAACAUUGAUUAAACGUCGUCAAAAAGCAUGUUGUUUCAACGUUGUAUUUGUGUUGUAGAAUAUUGGUUGAGAAAUGACUAAAUUUCGAUUGUCAAAUCAACGUCAGAACCCGACAUUGAUUAAACGUCGUCAAAAAGCAUGUUGUUUCAACGUUAUCAUUGAGUUGCUCAGCAUCAGAACCCAACAUUGAUUAAACGUUGUUGAAAAGCAUGUUGUCUCAAUGUUAGGUUUGAGUUGUAGAAUAUUGUUUGAGAUAUGACCAAAAUUCAAUGGUCAAAUCAACGCCAGAACCCAACAUUGAUUGAACGUUGUCAAAAAGAAUGUUGUUUCAACGUUAGGUUUUAGCUGGUCAACGUCAGAACCCAACAUUGAAUAAACGUUGUCAAAAAGCAUGUUGUUUCAACAAGUUUGAGUUGCUCAACGUCAGAAUCCAACAUUGAUUAAACGUCAUCAAAAAGCAUGUUGUUCCAACCUUAGGUUUGAGACACUAAACGUUAGAACCCAACGUUGAUUAAACGUUAAAAAGCAUGUUGUUUCAACGUUUGGUUUGAGUUAAUCAAUGUCAGAACCCAACAUUAAUUAAACUAAGUUAAAAAGCAUGUUGUUUCAACGUUAAGUUUGAGUUGCUCAACAUCAGAACCCAACAUUGAUUAAACAUUGUCAAAAAGCAUGUUGUUUCAACGUUGUAUUUGUGUUGUAGAAUAUUGGUUGAGAAAUGACCAAAUUUCAAUGGUCAAAUCAACGCCAGAACCCAACAUUGAUUGAACGUUGUCAAAAAGAAUAUUGUUUCAACGUUAGGUUUUAGCUGGUCAACGUCAGAACCCAACAUUGAUUAAACGUUGUCAAAAAGCAUGUUGUUCCAACAUUAGGUUUUGACAACGUUUAAUCAAUGUUGGGUUCUGACGUUAAGCAGCUCAAACAUAACAUUGAAACAACGUGGUGUUUGACAAUGUUUAAUCAACGUUGUGUUCUAACGUUGAGCAAAAUUCAAUGGUCAAAUCAAUGCCAGAACCCAACAUUGAUUAAACAUUGUUGAAAAGCAUGUUGUUUCAACAUUAGGUUUGAGUUGUAGAAUAUUGGUUGAGAUAUGACCAAAAUUCAAUGGUCAAAUCAAGGCCAGAACCCAACAUUGAUUGAACGUUGUCAAAAAGAAAAUUGUUUCAACGUUAAAUUUUAGCUGGUCAACGUCAGAACCCAACAUUGAUUAAACGUUGUCAAAAAGCAUGUUGUUUCAACAUUAGGUUUUGACAACGUUUAAUCAAUGUUGGGUUCUGAUGUUAAGCAGCUCAAACAUAACAUUAAAACCGUUGUGUUCUAACGUUGAGCAAAAUUCAGUGGUCAAAUCAACGCCAGAACCCACCAUUGAUUAAACGUUAUAAAAGAGAAUAUUGUUUCAACGUUAGGUUUUAGCUGGUCAACGCCAGAACCCAACAUUGAUUAAACGUUGUUGAAAAGCAUGUUGUUUCAACGUUAGGUUUGAGUUGUAGAAUAUUGGUUGAGAUAUGACCAAAAUUCAAUGGUCAAAUCAACGCCAGAACCCAACAUUGAUUAAACGUUGUCAAAAAGAAUAUUGUUUCAACGUUAGGUUUUAGCUGGUCAACGUCAGAACCCAACAUUGACUAAACGUUGUCCAAAAGCAUGUUGUUCCAACAUUAGGUUUUGACAACGUUUAAUCAAUGUUGGGUUCUGACUCAAAACCCAACAUUGAUUAAACGUCGUCAAAAAGCAUGUUGUUAUAACAUUGUAUUUGUGUUGUAGAAGAUUGGUUGAGAAAUGACCAAAUUUCAAUUGUCAAAUCAACGUCAGAACCCGACAUUGAUUAAACGUUGUCAAAAAGCAUGUUGUUUCAACGUUGUAUUUGUGUUGUAGAAUAUUUGUUGAGAUAUGACCAAAAUUCAAUGGUCAAAUCAACGCCAGAACCCAACAUUGAUUAAACGUUGUCAAAAAGAAUAUUGUUUCAACGUUAGGUUUUAGCUGGUCAACGUCAGAACCCAACAUUGAUUAAACGUUGUCCAAAAGCAUGUUGUUCCAACAUUAGGUUUUGACAACGUUUAAUCAAUGUUGGGUUCUGACUCAGAACCCAACAUUGAUUAAACGUCGUCAAAAAGCAUGUUGUUUCAACGUUGUAUUUGUGUUGUAGAAUAAUGGUUGAGAAAUGACCAAAUUUCAAUGGUCAAAUCAACGUCAGAACCCAACAUUGAUUAAACGUCGUCAAAAAGCAUGUUGUUUCAACGUUAGGUUUGAGUUGCUUAACGUCAGAACCCAACAUUGAUUAAACGUCGUCAAAAAGCAUGUUGUUUCAACGUUGUAUUUGUGUUGUAUAAUAUUGGUUGAGAAAUGACCAAAUUUCAAUUGUCAAAUCAACGUCAGAACCCAACAUUGAUUAAACGUCGUCAAAAAGCAUGUUGUUUCAACGUUAGGUUUUAGCUGGUCAACGCCAGAACCCAACAUUGAUUAAACGUUGUUGAAAAGCAUGUUGUUUCAACGUUAUCAUUGAGUUGCUCAGCGUCAGAACCCAACAUUGAUUAAAUGUUUUUGAAAAGCAUGUUGUUCCAACGUUAUGUUUGAGUUGCCCAACGUCAGCACCUAAUUCAACAAGUUCUCAACGUUGUUUCAAUGCCGGGACGUGUGUAUAGAUCUCUGUCCUCGUCCUCGAUGUGUCAUAGUGUCCCCGCUUUUACUUUGAAAAUACAACUCGUCCUUUUUGGUGGGUUUUUCCCGUCUCUGUUUACUGGGGAUCUUCAUUUUUCUUUUAUGAAACAUGAAAUUAAAAUCAAACAGGUUUUUUUUUUUCGUAUUGCGUUAUUGCUUUUCAGCACCAUAAAAGAAAGGUGUUUUAUUAUAAAAAAUGUUUAGUUUUUUGCAACUUCCACUUAUAAAAAGAAACUCCCAAUACCAAAACAUACACUGAGCUAUAUUUAUGUUUGCUACGAGCUAUAAUACUCAUUGAAAUGUAAAGAAAGCAGAGCUUACACUUUGUUUGCUUUUAUAUGGGAGAUAUAAGAAGUAGGAGACUGUAGCAUAUAUGUAAUACAUCAACACUGGAGACUAUUGUGUCGUGCAUGGGGGGGGGGGCAAUAUUGAGUAAGGUCAUAUAAAAGUAUAAUAAUAUCUUCUGUUUGAGUUGUGAAUCACUGACUUGUUUGUUCAUGUUGUGCACCAGUCCUGUCCCAGAUGUCUCUGAUGUCCUCCAGUAUCAUGAAACGUGUAAAAAAGAAAAACAAUAACACAACAAUAAAGGUACAAAGCUGCAUAUCGAAGUGGAAAA